UUUUUUUUUUCUACUUUCACUCUAUUUCUUUUUAUUUUUUUUAUUUUUUAUUUUUUUUUUUAUUGAGUAUAACCUAAUUCUUAGUAGAAAGCACACAAUGCCCAAAAUCCGAACAUCAAGAACAAAAAGGCCUCCAGAAGGCUUUGAUGAAAUUGAACCCACUUUAGAAGAGUUUGCUCGAAAAAUGAAAGAAGUCGAAAAUGAAUCGCAUGAAGGCAAACGUAUUGUAGAAAGUUCUUGGCCAGUAUUUCGUAUACAUCACCAACGAUCGCGAUAUGUUUACGAUCUAUAUUACAGAAGAAAGAUCAUUUCACGCGAAUUGUAUGAUUACUUAUUAAAGAACAAAUAUGCAGAUGCCAAUCUCAUAGCUAAGUGGAAAAAGCCUGGUUUCGAAAAACUAUGUUGUUUGAGAUGUAUUCAGCCAAAAGAUACGAACUUUGGCACAACGUGCAUUUGCAGAGUGCCCAAGGAAAAGUUGGAAGAAGGAAAAGUAGUAGAAUGUGUUCACUGUGGAUGCAGAGGAUGUGCAAGUGGAGAUUAAAGCAGCAUAUUAAUAUUGUAGAUAAUGAACAACCAUACCUCUUUUUGCACGUUUAACACAAAAACACACACACACACACACACAUACACACACACACACUUAAACACACUUAAAACACACUUAAACACAGUUAAAUACACACUUACGCAUUUACACUCUAUACACGUUACAAGACUUGUGAUAAAGAAUCUUCUGUUAAACAAAAUGAUUUCCAACAAAAAAUCAAAAUGGACAUGUGCAGAAAGAAAAGAAAGAAAAAAAAAAAAAAAAAAGAAAAAUAAA